AUGAAGGAAUUAAAUAUGCAUUUUGCUGAUAGUCUUAUCCUGAUCCGCAACUUGAUAAAAGAAAAACACGCGGGACUCAAACAAGAUGACGGAUCGUUCAUAAAAAUAAAUCAAGAAGCGCUUUACAAACACCUGUUCGGAACUGACUUUCAGGGUCACGAUGCGCUUGAAGAUGUAAAGGCACUAAGCAAAAUUCUUUUUAAGUCCUCACUGCAGUUAUCUCUUUCCAAAAUUGUCAACAAAAGCGGCACAACCGACAUUAACUCAGCCAUAGGAGAUAUGAACAACCUUGACAGAAGCCAUGGUCUUCUGAAGUCAUUUGAUGAAAUAAUAGGUGAUCUCUCGGAAGGCGGAGUAAUGAACAAGUCCACAGCGAAAAAGCUCGCCGAUUCUGGACUCGGUUUUCACCACCUUAAAAGCUUGUUCGACACACAAGGAGAACAAGGACUUCUUGCAAUAUUAGCGAAUCCACCAACCAACAGCCGUCGAGUUCGUGUUCGUGGAACUGGGGACCCGUUGACAUUACAUGUAAUUCUAAACCAUUUCAAAAAAAUUCAGAGUUGA